UUCGCCCAGACACACUCUCACUCAUUCUAAGAGGCGCACGCACAGGAGGCGGCGGGCGUAUGUGGUUAUGUGAGAAAGCUACAAGGAAGGCGCCGCGAUUUGAUCGUGUAUUUUAUUCUUCAACUAAAGAAAGACAUUAACUGUAUCUCGUGUAACUAUCCACUUAUUUAUUUAUUUAUUUAUUUAUUUAUCUGUUUUGCGGAGUUGUAUUUUUUUGAGUAGCGGAGAGCAGCAGCGCAGGAUUCAACAUGCCAGACUUCUGAGAGGUAAUUUACCCCCGUCCCCGCGACCUGAUUUUUUUUUGCCUCUGUGGAAGUAUUCGUCGAAAUGUGCGCGCAGAAGAUGGGUGCAAAAAUGAUUCAAGCAAAAGGAAAUAUUUUCUCUCCUGCACUACUCCAUCUACUGCUUUUGGUCGCCCUUACGCACGGAGCCGCUGGUAAGACUUUGAAAUAUAAAGUUUACGAGGAGCAGAAAGUAGGCACGGUUAUUGCACGGUUAAGGGAAGAUGUAGCCGGGGUUUUAUCCAAACUACCGAGUUCGUUGACCUUUCGGUUCCGCGCUAUGCAACGAGGGAGCACGCCGUUCUUGACUGUUCGGGAGGAGGACGGAGAGAUCAGCAUCGGCACCAAAAUCGACCGCGAGAAGCUUUGUGAGAAAAACUUGAACUGCUCGAUUGAAUUCGAUGUGGUCACGCUCCCGACGGAGUACCUGCAGCUGUUCCAUGUGGAAGUGGAAGUGCUGGACAUUAACGACAACUCCCCGCACUUCUCCCGCUCCAUUGUCCCAGUCGAGAUUUCCGAAAGCGCAGCCGUGGGGACGCGGAUCCCGUUAGACGGCGCAGUGGAUGCAGAUGUCGGAGAAAACGCUUUGCACACCUACUCACUGACACCCAAUAACUUCUUUAAGAUUGAUGUGAGAACCAGGACGGACGGGGCCAAGUACGCAGAGUUGGUGGUGAUGAGGGAGCUGGACCGGGAGGUGCUGUCCAGCUACCAGCUCCAGCUCACAGCCUCGGAUAACGGUGUACCCCCCAAAUCCGGCUCCACUUUGGUCAAAAUCAGCAUUUCUGACUCCAACGACAACAGCCCAGUCUUCGAUGAGCAGGCUUACAUCAUCAAUUUGCUGGAAAACUCUCCCCUUGGGACUCUAAUCAUUGAUUUAAACGCCACAGACCCAGAUGAGGGCACUAAUGGGAAAAUAGUCUACUCUUUCAGCAGUCACAUUCCACCAAAGAUCCUGGAAACAUUUAAGAUAAACCCCGAAAAUGGCCACAUUACUCUUAUUAAAAAAGUGGACUAUGAAAGCACUGCUUCCUUUGAGCUAGAUGUGCAGGCUCAGGACAUGGGACCUAACUCCAUCCCUGGACUUUGCAAAAUUGUGGUGAAAGUGGUGGAUGUAAAUGACAACAAACCAGAGAUUAACAUCAACCUGAUGACACCUGGUAAAGAGGAGGUGGCCUACAUUUCAGAGGGGGCCCCUGUGGACACCUUCAUAGCUCUGGUGCGUGUUGACGACAGUGAUGCAGGCCUCAAUGGGGAGGUUGUUUGCAGGCUGCACGGUCAUGGCCACUUCAGACUCCAGAAGACCUACGAGAAGAAUUAUAUGAUCCUCACUAACAUCUCGUUGGACAGGGAGAAGAGGUCAGAGUACAGCCUGACUGUCAUAGCUGAGGACAGGGGCUCUCCUAGUCUCUCAACCAUCAAACAUUUUACUGUUCAGGUGUUGGAUGAAAAUGACAAUCCUCCACGUUUCGAGAAGAGCCACUAUGAGGUCUUCAAAUCAGAGAACAACUCACCAGGAGCAUAUCUGAUGACCGUGGUGGCAUCAGAUCCAGAUCUGGGCACCAAUGGCCAGGUCACCUACACCAUCAUAGAUGCUCUGGUCCAAGGGAGCCCUAUCUCCACCUAUGUCACCAUUGAUCCCUCCAAUGGCGCCAUCUAUGCCCUACGCAGCUUUGACCAUGAAGACGUCAGCCGAAUCGCCUUCACCAUUCAGGCACGCGAUGGGGGAAACCCUGCACUGUCCACGAACACCACCGUCCUUCUAACUGUUUUGGAUGAAAAUGACAACCCCCCCAUCAUCCACUCCCCCUCCCUCCAGAAUCACACGGCUGAGCUUCUGGUCUGGAAGUAUGCAUCCCCGGGUCAGCUGAUAACUGCGCUUAAAGUCACAGACCGUGAUGCUGGUGCCAAUGGAGAGCUGAGCUGCGCCAUUGUUGGUGGCAAUGAGGAUAUGCUGUUUGUGAUGGAUGCCCGGCGAUGUGAGCUCAGAACCAAUGCCAGCCUGGAACAGGCUCCUCGGGAUGUGAUGGAGCUGAAGGUAGAAGUGCAAGACAGGGGCACCAGUCGGCUGUCCACAGGCGCCCUCUUCAGGCUCUCCCUGCAGGAGACCAUGGACAUCCUCCCACCUCUCUACCCCACUGGCACCAGCCAAGCCUCACUGGAUCUCUCUCUCAUAGUCAUCAUCUCUCUAGGUGCUGUUUGUGCUCUACUGCUCAUUGUCAUGGUGAUGUUUGCCACCACCCGCUGCACCAGAGAGAAGAAAGACCCAAGACAUAACUAUAACUGCCGUGUGGCAGAAAACAGCUACCAGAACCACCCCAAGAAGCCUGCCAGGCAGAUCCACAAAGCAGACAUCACCCUGGUCCCAACUGUCAAUGGGACUCUGCCUGUCCGGGCACACCCACGCUCCCCGUCAGCCUCUCCAGCACCUGAGAGGGGCACCCUGGGUAGCAGACAGAGCCAUCAUAGCCGCCAGUCCCUCAACAGCCUGGUCACCAUCUCCUCCAACCAUGUUCCAGAGAAUUUUGCCCUGGAGCUGGCCCAUGCCACACCUCCUGUAGAGCAAGUCUCACAGCUUCUGUCCAUGCUCCAUCAGGGUCAGUACCAGCCACGACCAAGCUUCAGAGGCAACAAAUACACCAGGAGCUACAGAUAUGCUUUGAAUGAGAUGGAUAAGUUCAGUCUGAAGGACAGCGGUCGUGGAGACAGUGAGGCCGGGGACAGCGACUAUGAGCCAGGCAGGGAGUCACCCAUGGACCGGCUCCUUGGUGAGGGCUUUACUGAGAUAUAUGCCCCUGAUGGCCAGCACAGAACGCAUGCAGCUAUGAGGCACUGCACAGAGGAGUGUCGUGUUCUUGGUCACUCAGAUCAGUGCUGGAUGCCCCCCUUGGCCUCACCAGCCUCAUCAUCCUCCGACUACCGGAGCAACCUCUAUAUCCCAGGAGAAGAAGCCCGCCAUGUAACUGACCUCUCGCAGGAAAAGACCCCACAGCCCUGCACAGACAAUGUGACUGCCCGGAACCAGAGCUUUUCCACUUUCGGCAAGGACCUGGGCGGUGAGAAUGGUGGAGAGGAGGAGGGGGGAGAGGACAGCAGUGGGGACAGAGAUGAAGACCUGUGUGGGACCACGUCACUGUUGUCAGAGAUGAGCAGCGUGUUCCAGAGGUUGCUACCCCAGGGUCUGGACUCCUAUGUCCAGGUCAACGAGAAAGAGAAAGGGACAAGUCUGAGUGGUGUGGGUGUGCCUAUGACUGGGUCUUUGGAUCGCAGGAGGGGCCAUCUGCCUGGCAAGCCCAGCCCCUCUGUUCACCAGCAAGGCGUGGCAGCCUGGGCUGCCAAUACCCACUUCCAGAACCCGGGAAGCAGCAUCGGUCCAUCUGGCCAUCACCAGGGUGGCAGCUACCACACUCUGAAACCCAACACCAAGCUCGGCUCCCAGAGCAGCAGCCACAAGGGCUCACAGGCACCCAAAAACAGUCCUCAGAACACCGGCCACCCCUGUAAACCCCACAGUAGCCCUCUGCUCACAGCACUGGUCAGUCCCACUCUGAUGCAGCAUUCCCCAGCCCCUGUGCAAGUACAAGUGCCGCUCCCUGGGCCCUCCUGCAAGUGGUUGCCUGCAAUGGAGGAGAUACCAGAGAAUUACGAGGAGGACGAUUUUGACUCUGUGCUCAACCACCUUCAGGGCAAACGCUGCGACAGCAGACAUGAGCUGGUGGAUGCCAGCGAGCUGGUGGCUGAAAUCAACAAACUUUUGCAGGAUGUACGGCAGAGCUAGACUUCCUGUUUCUUAUCCUCUUUAUUUAUUCACCACCCAAUGACUGCUUCCUUUUACCUUAAGUAUAAAAGUGAGCACCCUUGGGUGGCAAAAAAGGACAGGAACAUAAGUUAAAGGAGAAACGAAGACAAAAAAACAAGACCUGCAAUUGUCGUUAAAGUUGCAUUUAUAAUGUAAUAAUUGUGUUUUGUGAAUGCUAAAUAUCCAAAAAAUUGUUUGUAAUUGCUUGUUUUGGUACAAAAUGUACACUAUGUGACUGUAUUUAUCUUUGUAUUUUAAAAAUACAUUUGUAUUCUUAUAUUUAUAAAAAAAGUGUAUAUAAACUUAAUCAGAAGUCUAUUUUUAUAUUUUGAAUGCAUGUUGAGUACAAAGACAUUGAAUCAAUACUGACAUGCGAUCGACAUUCUAUGUAUUUAAACAGUUUUUUGUAUUGUGAUUUCUUUUGUUGUCACUAUGAUAUGUAUACAUGAAUAUAUUAAUGAAGUAAUGGACACUUGUCUUUGUGGUCUGUUGUGGGGAAGGGUAGAAUGCACAAAUAAAAAUAAUACGUAAACAUUC